AACAUUCCUAAAUUUAUUUAUAAAACAGAUUACACAUAUUUUAUUUAUAUAGACUUAUUAUGCACUUGACCUGCAUGUUUUUGCUCUGCCGUUACAUAACUGUCAGAUGAAAAAAUAGUUUUUUCUGUACUUAAAAUAAGCUGUCUGACUCAGCUGAUUUGCACUUUAACACUUAAAGCCAACGCAGAAAUUAUAUUGCCUUCAAGUAGAAUCGUAAAUAUAAAAUGAUUAAUCCUUGGAAAACCACUAUUAAAGUGCCAAAUAGAAUCACGUUGAAGUAAAUUCCCUCUUUAAUCAUAUGACAAGAAGAAGUGACUUACUCAAAUAAAUUGUUUUUGAAGGUAAACUUGAGGUGAAUUUAGCUGUGUUGAUUAUUAUUGUCAGUAUCUCCAAUUGUAGUUGCCUGACAAUCAUCAGAAAAGCGAGUUCGCAUUGGAGACUCACUUUGUAAGAGUAGAGGUUUCUUUACGCUAAUAUAAAAAGUACCUAAUAUUUACGCACCCCUUUUUCUUAGUAAAGUUUUUUUGUUAAUUGUCACAUUUCCUACUCAGCGCAAGCACCUGAACGCAGCGUCAUCACUGCAGCCUUUAUACGACGGAAGGCAACAGAGACGGAUGGUGAGGGCCGUCCCCGUCUCUUACCGGAACAUGAAAGUAGAACUGAUUAAAACCCGGUUAUAGUACCGAACCAGGCUACCUUUUAUAUACUCUUAAUUUUUUUUCAAUUACAAAAAAAAAAAAAAAAAAAAAUGGAAGACGACUAUGUGUGUGAAUACGACUCGACAUGGGACACAGAGAGCGAUGGAGACGACCCGGCCGGAGAGAGCCAGAGCCGUCGGUCAAAUCAAGACAAAAACAAGUCUUCCUGGGCUAUUUGGCAUCACACACCCAGAAAUAUGAGGGCAGCAAAAGACAUGCAGAAUUACAGAAGAGGAUAUCCUAAUCUAACAGAUGAUGAUUGCUCAGAAGACAAAAUGAACAACCUACAGUUCUAUCUAAACAAGUUUCCAUCUGCUCCUGAUGAUAUCUAUAUUGAGUCCUUUCUUAAAGAAUGGAAAAACGACUACAAAAAAUUGGAGAGGGUUCACUCUUACAUCCAGUGGUUGUUUCCACUGCGAGAACCAGGGGUUAAUUAUAUGGCUUCAGAGCUCACCAAGAAGGAAAUUGAGGCUUUCAAGAAGAAUGAGGAUGCCAAAAGGAGGCUGGUGGAGGCAUAUGAACUCAUGUUGGGUUUCUACGGCAUACGUCUUGUCAACAAAGAGACGGGGGAAGUGAAGCGUGCAGAAAAUUGGAAGGAACGUUUUGGAAACCUGGAGAGAAAUAUGCACAACAACCUCCGAAUAACUCGCAUCCUGAAAAGCCUCGGGGAGCUUGGCUUCAAGCACUACCAGGCUCCGCUUGUGCGCUUCUUCCUGGAAGAGACUCUGGUCAAGAAGACGCUGAGUAACGUUAAGCGCAGUGUGUUGGACUACUUCCUGUUCGCCGUGCUGGAAAAGCAGGAACGCCAGGAUCUUGUGCGCUUCGCUUACCAUCACUACGAGCCAAAGGACAAGUUUGUGUGGUGUCCCAGAAAGAUCCAGAAACAAUUGAGGAAGGGCUCCAGAAAUUCUGACGUCGGGAAUGGAGACGAUGUCUUGCACAGUAAAAAAGACGGGGAUGCAGCAGUGCAGCAGAAAGAAGAUGGGAUGAAUAAUGUUACUAAGACUCCGGAAGGAAGUGAUAAAAUUAAAGACAAGAGCAAACAGGCGGAGGAGUCUGAUGAGCCACCAGCAGAAACAGAGACUGUCGGGAACGGAAACGUGGAAACGGGGUCUAAUAUUGAAAAUAUGAGCAAUGGAAAUGAAUUUCCAAAUGAUGAUGACGACGACAUCGAUGAAAUGGAUCAGUCCCCCAGUCUAGACUGCGACAUCAGAAAGAAUGAGGCCACUGCAGACAGUGAAGAGAAAUCUACCAGCAACGCCAAGGAUGGUCAAGAUCUGGACGUCAUGCUAACCGGUGCGGAUGGAGAGCCCGAAAAACCUCCAAAAAAGAAAAGGGAAGACGACGAGGUUCCGCCUAACAACGAUCCUGCAACUGCUGCCGCUGGCCUGGUGCAGGACAAGGUUGCUCCUAACAAAUCUACAGGUCAAACAAGCUCUUCAGUUCACACUCCUCUUAAGAGCUCAAAACACUCACCCUCUCUGUCUUCUGAAAGGGAGGAAAAGAUCCCAAGGACGGAUUUUAUUCAACCGUCAGAUCAAAAAGAAGACGAGAUGGAAAAUAGUUCAGCUUCAAAUGGAAUGCAGAGCAGCAAAGACAUAGAAGGACAGAGCAACGGGACGGAGUCAGAGGACGUUCCCAUGGAUUCAACCCCCUCAAGCUCCAAUCACAAUGAGGGAGCCUCAUGAAUAAGUAGUGACAGAAGGAAAUUCAUAUAAACUUAGAUUUUAUGUAUUAUAAGGACCGAAUAUGACUGGACAUUUUCUAGGCCUUAUUUCUACUAUAUUUGAUGUUAAGAUAUUAUUCAUUCUUUUCACUUUAAAUGAAUUAUGGUAUUCUACAUUUGGGUUUCUUAAAACUUUCAAGACAAAAACUGAAAAGACCAAAAGCAGCAAUAUGUUAAUCAGAUGCCAUAGUUUAAGAUUUAAUCACAUGAAGUGGUUUCAAAACAGGAAAAAAGUUAUCUGAUGCUGAGAUUUGCAGCUGUAAUGAAAAGAAGUGAUUUAAUUGUUGUUUUAUGUAUAUUUGUAUCAGCUGAAUAAGGCCUUGGUUUAACUAAAAUAGAUUUUUUUUCUUUGACAAUGUAAACAUCAGACAGAUAAUUUCUCUACAUACAGGUGCAUCUCAACAAAUUUGAACAUCAUGGAGGAGUUUAAUUUAUUUCAGUAAUUCAGUUCAGAGUUAAAAACAUACCCUAGUUUCAUAUAUUUCAAUAUUCUUAUUUGGUUUUAAUUUUGAUGGUUUACAUCUAAUAAAAAUCAAAAGUUCCGUUUCUUAGAAAAUUAGAAUAAAAAAAUGAUUUCAAACAGAAAACUAAUCAUACUAAAAUGUAAUGUAUUCAGUUUUUUGUUUGAGUAAGGGUGAGAAAUUUUGGCUAUUACAUAAGACCAAAUAAAGCCUUUUUAUGUACAGAAAUGUUAUUUUAUGGUCUACAAAACCACAGGGAAGACUACUGACUUGAUAUUGAUACAUCCACAAAGAGGGUCAAAAUGUAUCCAAGCAUAUUAAUUGAAAGUUUAGUGGAAGAAAAAAAAUUAGAUUAUAUAAAGCAGAUCCGGUAUCAAUGUUAGCCCCAAUUAGAGCAACCUGGGCUUCCUUAAAACAUCAGCACAGGCUGAUUAUCUUCACUGAUGCAGUAAUUCAUGUAAAAAUAUUCCUGACCAAGGAUUGGAACGUAUAUAUAUAUAUAUAUAUAUACAAUAUAUAUAUAUGGAUAGAAUUUAUUAAAAAUACUUUUUUAUUAUUGGUUUUAUGUAAUCCCUAUUUUUAAGCUGAAUUUUGCAUUUUUAUUAUCUGUAAGCCACAAUAUUUAAAAUGUAUAUGUAAUGAAUCUAAAUAAUGUUUCAAUUUCGAAUUCAAUUAUUCAAAUAAAUUAACUUUGAAGUUUAAAUUUAUUUAGAUGCACCUCUUUUAUGUUUGGGGUAGAAAUUAACUGCAGCAGAAAUGUAAUAUCUCUGCAUACAGUUUUAAAUGUGGGUUGAAAGAGGUUUUUAUUUUAUUUUAGCCACAUUUCUUGCACUGAGAUUUAAUUGAUUUCUAUGAACUUUUUUCUCUCUUUGGGCUGUUUUUGUGUUUGUAAAACUGUUUUUUUUUUUUUUUAAAUCCUGCUGUUCAAAUGAAGUUGAAGUUGUAUUUCAGAAAAUGCUGCAUACUGUAUGCUGUCAUGCUGAUUUGGGAAGUCGAUUGCAGCUGAAAGCCUUGCCAAAAAAAAAAAAACAAAUGUGAUGAGACUGGUUGAUUGUACAAUGUGUUUGUCUUGAAUGAAACGAGAAAUGCUUUGGCUGCAAUUUAAACUCUGUAUGUUCCUUUGAAAUCGAUGCAGUCCUUGAAAAUGGCAGAUCCGGUGUGAUCAGGCAUCCUUUUAUAUUUGCACUGAUUUCUGCUAUGACUUGUUGAAGUUACUGUAUAAUUUUACCUGAAUAGACCUUUAUAAUAAUUUCCCAGUUACACACCUGGCUGUUAUGAGAUCUGAAUAAAGUCAUCCUAUUUUCUGAAAAUGA